AUGUGGCAAUGGAGUUCUCUGAAGCUCAUGGAGCUUCUAGAGUUUUCUAAGUCAUUUGUGCUCCGAUCGUUUAUUUCAUCCGGCGUCUUGUCUGGUUUCUUCUUGUUAUCUUCGAUUUUCCCUCUUUCCUACUCAGGUCUUUUGAUCCUUUUCUCUUUCAGUUUUGUGCCUCUCUCUUGAAGCUAUGAAGCAAACACCACUUCUUGAGAAGCAUCAAAGGCGGUUGGGUUUUGAUCAUGGUGAAUAUUUUCCACCACGGGGGAGAGCUGGCCGUCUAGCAUUGUGGUGGACAAAAGAGCUUCAAGUGCAGGAAAUUGGAUUUAAAGGCAAUCCUUAUACCUGGACUAAUAGCAGAUUAGGCCCUGCAAAUGUUCAACAUCGUCUUGAUAAAGCUUUGGAAAAUCUAGACUGGUUUAGGUGUUAUCCUCAUGCACAAGUCCUUCAUGAGCUUAAGAUCGGGUCAGACCAUAGUCCAUUGAUUUUGUGCUCUAAUGCUUUUCCCAACUCCUCGGAAGUUGUUUCGUUUUGAAUUGAAGUGAACUCUGGAGAAUGGUUAUCAAGAGUGUAUCCAGAAUGGUUGGUAGGCACAUGUUACUGGUUCAGAGCAGUAUAAAGUUUUGGGUAAAUU